AAGAUGGUGAGACACAGGGACAAGGGAGAAGAGAGAGGGUGGGGGGUAGGAAAAAAGGACUAAGAGAAAGAAAUAAAGAGAGAGAGAGAGAGAGAGAGAGAGGUAAAACAAACAACCCCCCCCAAAAAAACCCACACACAAAACAAAAGGGGAAAACAGAUGAAGAGCACUUAAAGACGGGAGAGAAAGCUAGCGCCCGUUAUAACGGGCUUAAAAAUACUAGUGUAUAAAUAAUAAAUAAUAAUAAUUCCAACAGCAGACCUGUCAGCUAGGUAAAUACAAUUAUUCCCACGUUGCCAAGACUACCUGGUGAUUCGUAAUUCAGUUCCAUAGGCCCUAUGCUAGAUCAGCUCUAUUACACCAGUAACUGAUUAGCACAACCUAAUCAUUUUUAUUUAUUUAUUUUAUUUUAUUUUAUUUUAUUUUUAACAUUUUCUAUCCCACUCUUCCUCCAAGGAGCCCAGAGUGGUGUACUACAUACUGAAGUUUCUCCUCACAACAACCCUGAGAAGUAGGUUAGGCUGAGAGAGAAGUGACUGGCCCAGAGUCACCCAGCUAGUUUCAUGGCUGAAUGGGGAUUUGAACCCGGGUCUCCUUGGUCCUAGUCCCGCACUCUAACCACUACACCAUGCUGGCUCCUUUAUGUGGAUAUGCAGCUACAUCUGUCUCCUGUCUUCUAGAGAAUGCAUUGCACACCUUCCUCCCUUAGUCUCAAUGCCCAACUGUCAACAGUUUAUCCUGGAACCUUCUGGCAUCCUUUGGCUCUCACAGUGCCAUUUGCCUUCUCAAUGACUUGUUUCAUGAGAAAACUGGGCUUGGUAUGACUCCUCCCUUACUCGCCAGGUAAGAACAGCCUGAUUUCUGACCCUCACAUGCCAAGAGAACAUGGGGGUGAAAAAGGAAAAGAUCAAGAAGGAGCUGACAAAGACAUUUCUCUUGCUUGUGCUGAUUUCUCUCAUUGGAUCUUUCCAAUUUGGUUACAAUAUCUGGAUAGUGAAUGAUCCAUCUUGGCUCCUGAGUGACUUACACAACAUAACCUUAAGUGAACCUAGCCCUGACCAAGACAUACUCAAGUUCCUGAUGUCUCUCACUGUUGUUAUCUUUCCGAUUGGAGGUGUAACUGGGUCCUGUUUACUCGGCUUCAUGGUGGAUAGGUUUGGCAGGAAAGGUACCUUGCUGAUAAAUAACUUUGUGGCCGCGUUUGCUGCUGUCUUCAUUGCUUGUUCCGAAAUGAUACAUAGUCCUGGAUUAGUGAUCUUUUCCCGCUUUGCCGCUGGAAUAUGGACAGGCAUGUUCGGCAGUGUUGUUCCAAUGUACCUUGGAGAGAUCUCCCCCACCAGCCUGAGGGGAGCCAUCAGCAUGUUGCCUAUGCUCUUUUCCACAUUGGGUGUCAUCUUUGCUUUGGUCCUUGGACAUCCUGACAUUCUGGGGAAUGAAAAAGGUUGGGCAAUCAUGCUGAGCCUCCCUGCCCUUUUGGCAUUAUUGCAGAUUUUCUUCCUGCUUUCCUGCCCAGAAAGUCCUAGGUAUCUGCUGAUUCAGAAGAAUAAAGAAGAGGAAGCCAGGGAAGUCUUGAAGAUGCUGAGAGAAAAGGAUGAAGUGGAAGAUGAGAUUGAAGAGCUCCAUGAGGAGUACCUCUACGAGAAGGAAGAACGGCAGAUGCAAAUAUUUGAGUUAAUAGGCCACAAAGGUCUGCAGAAGCAAUUUAUUUGUAUCAUCGUCUUGAUGGUGGGCCAGCAGUUCUCCGGUAUCAAUUCAGCAUACUAUUACGCAGCUGAUAUCUAUCGGAGUACAAAGAUAGGAGGACCCAAUAUCCACUACCUCCAGAUGGCAGCACACUUUGUCCUCCUCUUCGCACAUGUAUUUUCGAUCUUUGUCAUUGAUUUUUGGGGCCGGAGGUUUCUGCUUCUCACUGGCUUUGGGAUCUGCAAUGUCACCUCCAUUCUGUUAACCAUGACCCUUGAACUCAAGAAUAUCAUAUGGUGGAUGCCUUACAUAAGCACAAUUUUAGCCACAGUAUUCACUAUUGGAUACACCAUUGGGCCAAGUUCAAUUCCCUUCCUGAUGACAACGGAACUGUUCCUUCAGUCAUCCCGGUCCUCAGCCUAUGUGAUUGGGGGAUGUGUGCAUUGGUUGUCCAAAUUUCUAUUAUGGGUCAUUAUGCUCCAUAUAAACAGCUCUCCUCAGGCACAGAUGGAAAUGGAGUGUGUGAAAUAGCAACCCCUCUGAUUUGCAGAUAGAGGGAAGCCUUUGGAAUGGCUGCCAGGCCUAAGAUAAAGAUAAGUGCUUUCUGCUUGUGUUUGCUCAACAAAGCAAUGUGUCUUGCAUACUCCAUUCCUCCAGGCUCCAGUUCACACACUUCUGCUUCCAGCAACUGACUGGGCUGGGGAUAGGGUUGCCAGGUCCAGGUGGUGAAAAAAGUUGAAAUCUGUCACCAAAAAGGUGGAAAUAGUUGGUGCUAUUCACCAAAAGUCUAAAAAGUCUCCAUUUUUCAUGUUUUAAAAUGGCAUGAAAUUUAAAUAUGCUGAUUGGUAUAAUAUGUGCAUGCUCUCCUAAAAACCAGAUAAUUUGAGAAUAAAUACAACUCACACCCACCCCUUUUCCCACACAGUUCAAACACCAGCCUUUCUCUGACUGGAUCACAGAAUUCUAUGGGACAAAUGGUGCAUUUUCUUUUCAUUUUCAAAGGGGAGAGAAAACACCACAGAACCCUUUCCACACAGUUUGCCACCAGUGACCUCUGGAUCACAGAAUCUCAUGGGCCAAAUGGUGCAUUUUAAUUUCAUUUUUUGUGGGGGAAGAACACCCCCCCCCUCUCCACACUAGCUUCCCCUCCACAGUGGUGCAUAUACGGGAAACACAAGUUUCCUGACCUGGAGGGAGCUUUCUGGCUGUGCUGUAGAGCAGCAAAGACAGACACACUGCCACGGCACAGUCAGAAGAAGAAGUCCCUCCUUGGGGCCACUGGGCCAGACACAGUGAGUCACUGAGAAAAGGAGGAGGCAGGCUGCUGCAAAAAACAUGUGGCUGGAGAAAUAGGAUGGAAAUGGUUGGCGCAGCAGCAGCAUACAAAACAGCUCCUCCUACCGCCACACAGCAAACAUUACACAUGAGUAAGUCCAUUGUUUCCAAUAGGCCUACACACAGAUUUGGGCCACUCGGCACUUGCAGCAGGAUCACUGGAACUGGAACUCUGGAAACUCCCUCCAGCACGGAAAUAGUUGCGGGUGGGGGGGGGAAUAGUUGCAAAUCCAGGGUAAAAGUCCACAUCUGGGAGCCCUAGUUGGGGAAUGCACACUUUCUUCCUGGUUUCCUGUGCAGCCUGCCUGCCCUCCAGCCAGGCCCCCCCCCCCGAUUCUAAGCUUCCUUCCAGGGGCGCUUGGGAAGAUUACAAAACAAAAAACAAAAACAAAAAACUCCACAAGACAACCCUGGCCUGAGUUCCUUGGAAGAAGCAGCUCAAGAGAAUAUAAAUGUGAUAAAUAAACAUCUACAUUGUGA